AUGAACAACAAUGGUCUUACAGCCUUAGAUUUGGUUGAAAAUUCACCUAAAGACUUGAAAGGACUUGAGCUACUCAACUUCCUUCUACAAUCGAACGCUAUUCAACGAUCAACCAACACUCAUUUAUCUCUCUCAGCCUCGAUAACCCAACCACCAACAACACAUCCUAGGCAACCAAGGCCUAAAAAGUCCUGGAAAUUUUUUUUCACCUUCAAUAAUCAUAACCAGUUACAAGAUAUGAGAGGUGAAAUAUUUAUUACCGCGGCUAUAAUAGCCGCGAUAAAUGCAUUGCCUAUCAUCUACAUGAGGGUAAAUGGACCGGAUUUAACCGAUCAAUACGUGGUCAACUCGGCUUCAUUUGUACCAGCUGUAACAAUAAUGUUGCUAAUAGUAGCCGGUUUUCCCUUAAGCAAUAAGCUUUGUGCUUGGCUUGUGAUACAAUGUUUGUACACUGCAAUUGGAUUUUUGGGGUUGAAUUACCUUGGAGAGAUGAUCUCUAAUGAAAGUCGAUACUCAACUGUGAAUUUUGUAUUUAUUUUCGUGUCGAUUUGGUUCGGGUUGCUUAUGUUAGUAAGUGCACUAAAUGUCAUUCGUUUGAUCGUGUGGAUAGUGAAGAGCAUCAUUAUGUGUAUGAAGCGUAGAAGGUUGCGCCUUAGAAGAGAGAAAUCUAUGGCAAAUAAUGCUUAA